UCACUGACCACGAAAGAGUGCACCUCUGUAAGUAGCAGGGAAGGCACUAAAGUUAGACUCCUUAAAGUAUAAUUAAACUUUCUUCAAACAUGUUAGACAUUAUCUCCUCCUCUUCUCCCUUUUGGUGGCAGUUUUCUUCUAAUGCCAGUGUGGUUGACAUGGUCCCAAAAGACAUGCUACACAUGGUGCAUGAGCACUGGUAUCGUUUUCCAUCAUUAAACCCUCUCUGGUUUCAGAUUUUGGGUGUUGCCAUGAUUUUUCUGGGAAUACUUUGCAUCUGUGGAAACGGUGUAGUCAUCUACAUCUUCUUAACAACCAAGUCGAUGCGGACAGCGUCUAACGUAUUAAUUGUUAACCUAGCUUUCUCAGACUUCAUGAUGAUGGGAACGAUGAUGCCUAUGAUGGCGACUAACUGUUUCGCCGAAAAAUGGGCCCUGGGGCCUUUUAUGUGUGAGGUUUAUGGAAUGCUCGGUUCCUUAUUUGGAUGUGCCUCUAUCUGGUCCAUGGUCAUGAUCACCUAUGACCGCUACCACAUCAUCGGUAAGGGUUUCAGUGUUUCUCCCAUGACUCACAGUAAAGCGGCUUUGAUGAACAUUUUUGUUUGGGCGUGGUCUAUAGGUUGGACUUUAGCCCCAUUUUUUGGCUGGAAUCGUUAUGUUCCCGAGGGCAACAUGACCAGUUGCACUUUUGAUUAUCUUACCAAGGAUACACAUUCACGGUCUUACGUGGUCAUUUACGCAACUGCUGUAUAUUUUCUACCUCUGUUUAUUACAAUAUACUGCUAUUUCUUCAUUGUAAGAGCUGUUGCUGACCACGAAAGAAGUCUUCGGGAACAAGCUAAGAAAAUGAAUGUAACAUCCUUGCGAGCCAACGGUGACCAACAAGGUGCACGUGCUGAGAUUCGACUGGCUAAGAUUGCCAUGUUUAACGUAGGGCUCUGGUUCGUUGCAUGGACACCGUACCUCAUUAUUGCCUUUAAUGGGAUUUUCUCAGAUGGAACUAAAUUAACACCACUAGCAACGAUCUGGGGCUCAGUUUUUGCAAAAGCCAAUUCCGUCUAUAAUCCCAUCGUUUAUGGAAUCAGCCAUCCCAAAUAUCGGGUAGCUCUGAAAGCGAAGCUACCUUGGCUUUUUUGUGACACUGACAACGACGAAAACUUCAGUAAUGAAAGCAAUGAUACCUCUACUUUAAUAACGGAGAAAAUCCAACUGCCUUUUAAGAUUUCUACUUAAAGCACUUCCUAGUGAUAUUUCUGAGAAGUAAAAUAUCUGGAUUUGACUUUAGGUAGUAGUUUUGUUUAGUUCUAUUGAUUGUAGUUAUAUGAUAUUUAUCAUGCGAAACUUAAACUAGGCGAUAAAACUAAAACGAUGUCUAAUAUACAGAAAAUAAAAUACUUGAUCAUA